AUGGCAUCCGAGAACCGCGAGGAUGUCACUAUCGGUGUCGCCGUUUUCACGCUCCUCGUCGCCACCAUAGCAGUGUCGCUCCGGAUAUACACGAGAAAGGCCAUCAUAAACAAGCUUGGAAUCGACGAUUUUUGUGCAGUUGUAGCUCUUCUCCUUGUUUUUGGAUGCGACUUCGCCGUAGCUUACAACACAAACUUCGGGCUCGGCCGGCAUACAAUGACAGUUCCUCAGGAAUUGAUCCCGCGGUACCUGCGGACACUUUACGUCUCGAUUGUUAUGUACAAUGCUUCCCUAAUGGCCAUAAAGAUGACUUUCCUCUCGCAGUAUUACCGCAUCUUCCAGCGCACGAGCAAGCCAAUCUUUUAUUCUUUUGUCGGCACGGUUGUGUUUGUCGGCUGCUGGGUGCUCUCCCAACUAGUCAUUGCCAUAUUCACUUGCGACCCGAUUAGCGGUUACUGGGACAAGACGAAGGACGCGAAGUGCAUCUCUAACCACCCUUUCUGGGAGGUCAAUGCCGCUGGCAACAUCAUCACCGACGUCAUGAUCUUUAUUCUUCCAAUUCCCGUCCUCGAGAGUCUCAAUCUUCCCCGCCGGCAGAGGCAUAUCCUUGUUGGCAUCUUCAGCCUGGGUCUAUUCACUGUCUGCAUCAGCCUGGUCCGUAUUCGCUUCCUGAAGCAGUACGACGACUUCACCUGGGAGAACGUCGAAUCCUCCGGCUGGUCCAUGGGCGAGCUCGCCUCGGGCCUGACCUGCGCCUGCCUGCCCACCCUACGCCCGCUCGUCGGCCGCUACGCGCCCUGGCUGUCGAGCCAGGCGGGCACCACCACCGCCCACUCCAGCCACACGGUCAGCGGCAAGGACCCCGAACGCGGCCGCCUCGGCACCGGCAGCUCCGCGGGGGCGAGCUCGCGCGCCGGUGCCGCGAAGAACUGGCCCCUGCCCAUGUCGAGCACGCCGGCUGCCUUUGUGGCGUACGGGAUGCAGCGCGUCGAUAGCGGUGGCGACACGUCCGACGGGGUGUUUGGGCUCCAGACUGCGCGGAGCGAGCUUGGGGGGGUGGACUCGCGGCUCGCGCCACAUGCGACGGGAGCGUCCGAGAGGUCGUCGUUGGAGAGCAGGCCGGCGGCAGGCAGCUCUCGGAGACCGUCUCAGGGGUCGGUGCGUUGGACACAGCCGGUUGUGCAGACCGAGAUUACAACCGCAUCACCGGCGCACAGUCCGGAGCCGCCCGAGACUGCUAUCCAAGUUAGGCACGACGUCUACCAGACGGAGGAAACUGCAAGGAAGUAA